CUAUUCUAGGUAUCUGCGACGCAAUGAAGUCACAUAGGUGUCUAACACCUCAAUCGCUCGCUCGACGAGUCGAGAAGUCCCUCGAGGCCCAAUUUCGCUCUUCCUCCUCUUCCCACAGCUACACCUCGCAAGCACCAUGCCGCCGCAACAACAGUAGCAACAACACCCUCCGACCCUCGCCAUCCUCCAGCACCCAAACCCACCCCAUCCUCCGCCGCCCCUUCACCCACACCACCCCGCGCGCCAUCCGCCCCCCCGCCGAAGACCCAGCCUUCACCUCGAUCCUCGACAACCCGCCCGAGCUCGUGCGCUCCGGCGGCCGCCAGCACGGCCCCGGCCUCAUAAUCCUCGCCCUGAUCCCCGUGACCGCCUUCGUGCUGGGGACCUGGCAGGUGCAGCGGCUCGGCUGGAAGACCGAGCUGAUCGCCAAGUUCGAGGACCGGAUUGUGCGGGAACCCCUGCCGCUGCCGCCCCGCGUGGACCCGGAGGCGAUCCACGACUUCGACUACAGGCGCGUGCGCGCGAGGGGCAGGUACAGGCACGAGAGGGAGAUGCUGGUCGGGCCGCGGAUGCGCGACGGCGAGCAGGGGUACAUGGUGAUCACGCCGCUGGAGCGGGACGGCGACGCCACGGGUCAGACGACGGUGCUGGUCAACCGCGGGUGGAUCGCGAAGAAGUUCCGGUGGCAGAAGGACAGGCCGGCCGAGGCGCUGCCGAGGGGGGAGGUCGAGGUCGAGGGGUUGCUGCGGGAGCCGUGGAAGAAGAACAUGUUCACGCCGGACAACAGGCCCGAUAUAGGCGAGUUCUACUUCCCGGACGUCAAGCAGAUGGCCGAGUUGACGGGGAGCCAGGCUGUGUGGGUUGAGCAGACUAUGGAGCCGCAUUUGCUCCAAGUUAUAGACAUGGAAAGUAAGGGCAUUCCCAUUGGUAGGCCGGCAGAGGUCAACUUGAGGAAUAACCACGCCCAGUACAUCUUCACCUGGUAUGGUCUCGCCGUGGCAACAUCGAUAAUGUUUUACAUGGUAGUCAAGAAGCCUCCGACAGACAUCACACGCCGAGUGCGGAUGAACAAGGAAUGGUCUUAGGUUCUUUGACUGCGCAUAAAUGUAAUACAAUCCUUUGAUAUAAUGAAAUCUAGGACUUGACCGACCUAGCUUCAUGUCACUUCCUCCUCUUCCGCCUCCACUUGUCGAGGCUGUUUUUUCCGAGGAGCUUUCGUCGGUGGGGGUACUGACAUGCGCAACUCUUGUAGUAGUUCUCUAGGUAGAUGUCGUUGUGCCAAGGCAAAUGGCGUCGUAGAUGUGCUAGUCUGUCGUUGUCUGCACCAUACGG